CUUUUCGCCUCAUUUCUAGAUCUGGACCGGGAAUUGAUCACCUUUUGACCUGGUUAUCUUCCUCGGACCCUUACUGUCAACUGAUUCCAUCCAACCGCCGCACCGGUCGAUCUGUUCUCACCAUCAUGGCUGCCUCAUCGCGAGCAUCCUCACCACCAGCCUCGCCCCGCCAAGAGCCGACAGAAGUCACCUCCCUCCUCUCCCAUAAUGCCGAUGGUCAUACACCGACAUCCGGAGUCAAAGCUUCGCCUCGUGGAUCUAAGCAUGAUAGGACCGUGUCCGUCAGUCAACGAAGCAUCGCUGGAAGUCAGAGAGGAGUCUAUGGGACCAUACAUCGACCAGGUCCUACCGAGCAAGCGCCCAGAGUCAGUAAAGCUGGUCAAAGGAGAAUCCUGACCACUUUCCCCCUCCGUCUCACCUUCUUUGCUCUCGUUCUGCUUACUUUUCUAUCGCUGGUCUUGUCUCUGGUUUUGUUCCUGAAUACGAGUUUGGACUUUAGUGGUGUUCUCCUGCCUUAUAGAGGAAGUGGUUUCGCCGAUUUCUGGUACUCGGCCCUGGGCUCAUGGAUCGGUCUCGGCUCUGUGAUCUUUUUUUCCCACCCGCCAUACCUGUUUUUCCUGACCAGUCUCAUCACUGUCAUCCUGCACAUCCCGCUGGUCCUCCUCAUCCUUCUGAACCCAUGUCUCAACCGAGCUCAUUCGCCUUUAUUCCUCAUCCCCUUCAUCCUCACCGCGGUCACCCUCCUCUUCUCCCUCUUGAGCAGCUACCUUGUGCGCAGAGCCAAAUGGAAAGAGUCUCAGCGAAUCACGCGGAUGCUUACUGAGGCUGCGGUCAGGGAGAGAGAAGGUGAAGAGUCUGCCGCGAGGGUGGCUAUGGGUUUGGAGAAGGGAGUCUGGGGCCGUUUCGUCGGAUUCCUCCGCGGUGUCAUUGGACUUCUUGCGGGGCUAGCUGGUCUCGUGUUGGUGGUGCUCCUCGUCAUCGACUCGAGCAUCCGAGCCUACGAUUGUUCGGUCCCUCGCCCAUCCGAGGCAUCUGUGUUGGUGCGAGUCCACCCUCCCAAGACGCCUUGGUCCUUCCAGGUCCAUUUGGCGUGUGUCGAUCCGAUCAAUUCGACAGCUUCGUCCUUUUUGGUCCAAAGCAAGGGCAAGAAGGAAUCCAAACUUCCCACGGUGCUCUACGAAUCACCUUCGGGGGUGCCUGGCUCCCUAGCUCUCUUGAAUCACCCUCUCCCACCUUCUGACUUGGAUGCAGAGAACCCUGGUAAAUGGAUCUUCGACUUGCAAAGCCAGGGACAUGUCGGCAGAGUCUGUGUAUGGGACCGCCCAGGGUAUGGCUUCAGCGAUGUGCUCAGUGGCGCGGAUUUGGGCAACGUCGCGGAUACCCUGUACAGUGCCUUGGACCUGUCAGACAAUAUUGGCAAGAACGGUCAGUUUGUGCUUGUCGGGGAAGGUUACGGAAGUCUCGUUUCUCGAGUCUUUGCGGCUCGACACCCUGAUCUUGUUCAUUCAUUCCUGCAUAUCGAAGCCGCAACUGCCACGACCUAUUUCUCCGAAUCUCCAAACGGUCGUUCAGUUCUCAGUCUGACCGCCCAUCGGGUUGCCACACGUCUUCUGCCGUCUCUUUUGACGCCCCUGUCAAUAUUCCGGUUCCCCUCCAUUCUGCUCCGACGAUCGACCUCGCUCUCUCGGGUGUUGGCUUCCACUUACCCUGAGCCCAACACUGCAUAUCUCUCAGAAUCCCUGCAAAAGGCUCGUCUGCAGGAAACAUUCGCAUCUCACACCCAUACAUCCUCAUCCUUCAUCGCGUUGCUCGAAGCUGGAGACUCGUACCCAUCGAAGCGACCAGCCAUUGUUAUCAGCUCUGAAGACAGAAUCAAGGCCGAUAGCAAUUGGGCUGAAGGACAACGAAGUCUCGCAGAGGAUGUCACGGAUGUAUCUGCUUUGGUAUCCUGGGAAAAGGUGAAAGGUGUCGGUCAUCGGGUUUGUGAGGGACAGGGGCGCAAGACGUGCGAGAAGGCACUCAGGAAGCUCUUGGCGUAAUUACAGCUGUGUUGGUAUGCAAUUGAACAUUAUCAGG